AUGAUUAAAAAUCAGUGAGUACUUUUAUAGUACAUACUUACAACUACAAAUUGUAUUCUUAAACUUUGUUAUUAUUUUUAUAAGUUCUAAAUUUAAAAUGGAAACCCAGUUAUCACUGAGCACACUGACAGAGUCCACCGACGUCCCUCCUCAAAGACAUCACAGUCACUUGCAACACGCGCGCAAAGGAGGAAAAUGUAGACACAUCUCUGCGCCCACACUCCAAUAUUCCACCUAGGAUAUGGAUGGAAAUUGAACACUGGAGUUGCUGGACAUAAAGGGAACAAAGGGUAUCCUUACUUAAAUGGAUUCCAACAGCAACAGCUCCGAAAAGGACUCACGCGGGGAUGGAGAAGUGUACGGAAGCUUUGCGCUCAUCAGAGCAGGGAUUCUGGGUUUGGUUUUCUUGCUCGCAACGUGUGGGAAUUUUUUCUUCUUGGCAACACUUUGGAAGAAGAGGAAAAGAAACACCAGGACGCAGCUAUUUCUUCUACACUUGUGCUUGGCGGAUCUGGUGGUGGCGUUUUUCCAAGUCCUACCGCAGUUUCUUAUUGAAAUUACGCACAGAUUCCGCGGUACGGACUUCUUGUGCCGGUCCGUGAAGUAUCUACAGGUUGUUGGGAUGUUCGCCUCCACGUACAUGAUAGUAGCCAUGACUAUAGACAGGUACCACGCUGUGUGUAAGCCGAUGGUUUCCUUCUUCAAGGGCUCAUUUAGGAGGUACCUGUCCAUAGGCGCAGCGUGGCUCAUCUCCCUCGCCUUCAGUGCUCCUCAGCUUUUCAUCUUCUCUCUCCGGGAGGUUGAGGAGAACCAGUACGACUGCUGGGCGACAUUUAUCGAACCGUGGGGGAGCCGGAUUUACAUCAGCUGGAUCACCCUGUCCGUGUUUGCCCUGCCUGCCGUCAUUCUGCUCCACUGCCAGGUGAGGAUAUGCACCACCAUCUACUUUAACAUGAAGAGGAAGGCGCUGCAGGCAGGGCGCGCGGGUACAAAGGGGGUGUCCAACGCCAUGCUGAAAACUGUGAAAAUGACAUUUGUGAUUAUACUGGCAUACACAGUAUGCUGGAGCCCUUUUUUUGUUGUUCAACUAUGGUCUGCAUGGAGCCCAAAGAGUGCACCUACUCAAGGUCCAGUGUUUGCCAUCAUCAUGUUGCUGGCUAGUCUCAACAGCUGCACCAACCCCUGGAUCUAUGUCUACUACAGCUAAGAGCAUGCGUGCACUAAAACUGAUGUACAUUUUUAGUUGGAAGGGAUGAAACUCUUUUGAUGCAAUUCUUGUGAAGUCCACAUCUGAACACCUAU